AUGUUGUCAGUUGGGAACAAGUAUGCGCCCAGCAUCCCGACCCUUGGAGCGUGCUUUCAGUACACGCUUUCACCACCAGCCAGAGUAUGGCGUCGACAUCACUCGAUCAGGGCUUCCUGCGUAUCAAAGCCCUUUUCCACAGCCGCCCCGUUUGUGAUCCCGGCAACACCAGGCCUGUUUGGAGUGACAGGCCUUCGUCACCCAGAGGACUUUCUGCGUCUGGCCCGGGAGUCUGUGAGCCGCUGCGAGAAUUUGAAGCACGGCCUUCUCACAGGGCGCGUCCCAGCGGGGGUUGAUGUCAUCCGCGACAUGGACGCAAUUUCAAACACUCUUUGCAUCGCGAUCGAUGCCGCGGAGCUUGCUCGAAAUGUUCACUCCGAAGAAGCUUGGAGGGAAGCCGCUGAAGAGGCUUUCGCGGGUUUGUCAGGCUAUAUUCACGAAUUGAACACCGACGUUGGUUUGUAUCAAGCCGUGUGCUCAGUGGUGAAGGAUCCUCAUGUGGCUGCGACGUUAGAUGAGGAAGGAAGUCGGACAGCUCAGCUAUUAAAGGCGGAGUUUGAGAGCAGUGGCAUUCACUUGCCCGAUUUGGAGCGACAAGAAGUGCGGGCGCUUCUGAAUGAAAUCACCAGCUUGGAAACUAUGUUCAGCAACAACCUCAUUCUCGGCCGUCGCUCAUUCCAGGUCAGCAAAUCUGAUAUCCUUGCGCAGAUUCCUUCGGAGAUCGUGCAAAACGUGAUACUUCCCCACCAGCCGCCGGGGCAGCCGCCACACCUCCUCACUCUCACCACGGAUACAGCCGUCGCCAAUGCCGUCCUGCGGUACGCGCGGGACGGCAAUUUGCGGCGGCGUAUGUAUCAGGAGGUAAAUACGAGUCCGCGAGAGAAUUUGGAGGUGCUUUCGCGUCUCAUCAAGUCGCGCGACACUCUGGCCAGGAAGCUUGGGUUCCCAAGUUACGCCCAUCGCUUCCUAGCCGACAAGAUGGCGAAAUGCCCCGAGGAAGUGGACCGUUUCCUUCGUGCCCUGGCCGAAAAUGUCCGAGCCAAGGCGGGGAAAGAGUUAGAGGUCUUGCAACGGGCAAAGCAGGAAGACGAAGGCGGUUGGGGGGACAGCGCGGAUUUUCACAGUUGGGACCUGUCUUACUAUAUGGGUGCUGUCAAGUCUGCCCGCCACGGCGCCAGCACCGAUGGAAAAGGUGUCUCCGCCUAUCUGUCCCUCGAGAACUGCCUACGAGGACUCGCUCUUCUCUCCCAGCGCCUGUUCGGGAUAGAGCUGCGGGAAGUAGCUCUCGACGAAACAGAGGCCUGGGCGCCCGCUGAGUCGAAGUUGAAAAAAGUGGUCUUGCUCCACCCCCGGCACGGACAGCUCGGAACCAUCUAUUUAGACCUCUAUCCCCGCCAGGCUAAGUACACGCACCAUGCGCAGUUCACGGUCCGCUGUGGCUGUCUUCCCGCUGGGGCUUCCUCCUACCAGCUCCCCGUGGUGGCCCUGGUCUGCAAUUUCUCUCCGUGCGACCCCGCCGGGCCCGUCCUUCUCACGCAUGCCGAAUUGGAGGCGCUCUUCCAUGAGUUCGGGCACGCUCUCCACUCCUUACUCUCCCGCACGCGCUUUCAGCACGUGGCGGGGACCAGGGCCCCCGUCGAUUUCGUGGAAACCCCAAGCCACUUGCUCGAGUAUUUCGUCUGGGAUCAGCGCGUGCUCGCCCAGUUCGCGCACCACCACCAGACGGGACGGCCCAUCCCCGCCGAACUCACAGCUGCCUUGCGGGCAGCAAAGAGGGAGUUCUCGGGGCUGGACACCCAGAUCCAGGUCUUAUACUCCCUUGUCGAUCAGAAGCUCUUCGGACCGCAGCCCCUGGCGGAGGACCCGACCACCUCGGCCUUCCUGGCCUCGGUGCAGGAGAAGGUGAUGCAGAUGCCGCACUCGGAGGGGGCGGUCUGGCAUGCUCGAUUCGGGCAUCUGACAGGGUACGGGGCGGGAUACUACGGGUAUCUGUACGAUCGAGUCUUUGCCUCCCACUUGUGGGAGAGGCUCUUUGUGCAAGACCCCUGGAGUAGAGAGGCGGGCGAGCGCCUGUGGAAAGAGAUGCUAGUGCACGGGGGUGGGAAGGAUCCGUGUCAUAUACUCAGGGACGUGCUGGGGGAGGAACCAGCAUUGGACAGUUUUCUCGCGGAGCUAGAGGAUGAAGGGGAAAUAGAGCAUAGGGCGUAG